AAGAGUUGAGGAGAGAAAAAUUUAAAGCAUAAUCAUGCAUAAUUGAGUGGUUAGGUUCUGUUAUUGUCAAAAGAUUCUUCCCAUUUAUAUGUUGAAUUUUUUAAGACCAAUGAAAAUGUUGAGGCUUGACCUACACACAUGUUUUUGGUCUCUAAAUGCAAGUUCCAGGUUCUAUCUACUCCAGUUUUCAGACAUUGACAUGUUCUGUCUACUUAUUGUAUUGGAUUAACAUACAUGUGAUAUCUGAAGUUUGACCCAGGCCAACUAUAUAUAUAUAAUAUAUAGUAGAAUAAGAAAGAAGAUCUAUUUGCCAGGCUGGAUUGUCUCCAUAGAAGUGGAAUUUCGUUAGAAUCACUCACUGAACCACUCUCUCUAAUUCUGUGACCAAUGCAAGUUUAACUGAUUGCUUGCCUGCUCCUCUUGACAUUCAUCAUUAAUUUUGAUAUCAGUCCUUUAAUUUAUCUUAUGCAUGGAUCUAAACUUUGUUCUCACUUUUAUCAUCUCUACAUGUAUAUAUUCAUUUCCUGUGAUGCAUGCAGAAGCAGCACUAUACUCACCAUACUCUCUUCUAAGAGUAACUAGCUAUUAGUCCAUCAUUAGAUAUAUAUAUACACACUAAAGAUCCCUCUUGGCAAACAAAUAAUGCAAUACAUGACAAGGAAAAUUCUUGCUUGAUGGACUGCAAACCAAGUAUCAGUGACAAGAAAACACUGAAGCGGUGGUUUUUCAUAGACAAGAGGGUUGGCUAAAUAAAAAACAAGCAGCCACAGGAAAAAAGAAAAAGAAUAAUAAAAAUAUCAGAAGCUAAUAUCAUCAUCAUCAUCAUCAUCAUCAUCAUCAUCAUCACUUGUUGUUUGUGAAUAUAUUUUAUUUUAUAUAAAUAAUGGGGCCAAUGGACUUGAAUUCGAGCCAUGUUUCUCCUGUUCUUACGGAUUCUGUACCUGUGAACAAAUCAAGACUAGGAAUCCAUUCUAGUCUGCUAACAUAUUCCCAGCAAGAUUCAUCUUCACCGCACUCCGCAGGACCCGCCACGGCGGGGAAGCUGCCGAGAACGGGUUCAAGAAAGAGUGCUGCAGGGAGCAUUGAUGAUGUCCGGUUCAAUGGGUGGUUGGACGCCAUGAAGGCAUCUUCCCCUCCCAGGAAGAAGCUUCUUAAAGGAUCCAUGAUUAAUGCUCUGCUUCCUUCCAAUAUUGAAUAUGACAACGAAGACUACCAUAUAUUGACCGUUGAUUACCCUUCUGCACUAGAAUGUUUCGAGAAAAUCAUAGAGCGUGCCAAGAAUAACAAGGUUGCAGUGUUUCUAGAUUACGAUGGCACUCUUUCUCCAAUUGUAGAUGACCCUGACUGUGCCUUUAUGUCCGAACCUAUGCGUGAGACUGUGAGGAGCGUGGCAAGGUGUUUCCCCACAGCAAUUAUCAGUGGAAGAAGUCGUGACCAGGUGUAUGAUUUGGUUAAACUAACAGAACUGUACUAUGCGGGUAGUCAUGGAAUGGACAUAAUUGGGCCUUUUCGCCAUAAUGUGUCCAAUAAACUUCCAAAUUGUGUCAAUUCUACUGACCAUCAGGGAAAUCAGAUAACUCUCUUUCAACCUGCUACACAAUUCCUCCCUAUCAUUGACGAGGUUUUUAGAACCCUCGUUGAGAUUACUAAAGAUAUAAGCGGUGCAAAAGUUGAAAACCACAAGUUUUGUGUUUCUGUACAUUAUCGUAACGUACAAGAGAACAAUUGGACAAUUAUAGGACAACGUGUCCAUGAUAUCUUGAAAAAUUUCCCUGGUUUGCGUUCAACUCAUGGACGGAAGGUUUUAGAGGUUCGUCCAGUGAUUGACUGGAACAAAGGGAAAGCGGUUGAAUUUUUAAUGGAAUCUCUUGAUUUAAAUGAUAAUGAUGAUGUACUUCCUAUCUACAUUGGAGAUGAUAAAACCGAUGAAGAUGCUUUUAAGAUUCUGCGUGAAAGCAAUCGUGGUUGUGGGAUUUUAGUGUCUUCAGUGAAAAAAGAAAGCAAUGCCUCAUACUCUCUAAGAGACCCCAAUGAGGUCAUGGAAUUUCUUCAACUCCUGGUUAGGUGGAAAGAGAGAGAAGAAACCAACCAUUUCAACAAGCAAAUUAAAGUCAAAGUAUAGUAUCCAUUUGUCUUUUCCUUUCUUUUUUUGGGCGAUGAAAAUAGAUUUUAUUUUGGCCUUGGUAUCGCAUCGAUUUUGUUGAUAUGGUGAUAUAUAUUCCAUUCCCCCUUGUUAAUUCUUAAAUAAGUUGUGCGGGCUAUUCAUUUUAAGCUGUAAAUUAUUUCAAUUGUUGUUAUUAUAAUAAGAGAAAU